AAAAAGCGCACACACAAACACACACAGUCUGAGUGUUAGAAAACUGUGUGUUUAUUGUUAUAUACAUACAGUGUAUGUAUCUAUAUCUAUAGUUAUAAAUAUAAUAAAAUAAGUUUACUGAUCUAGGGUUUCGUAAGCCGAAAAUUAAUUACUAAUUGUGUUUAUCUCAUUGAUCUGUGAAUAGCUAAGUUCUGUGUCUUGGCUCGAGAUCCGAGCCAAGAUCAGUUAUCGCAUUCGCCGGUGAAUCGUAUCUCACGGAUCUAUAUCUAUAUCUAUUCUUGUAGGAUUUGAGAUUAGGGAUGGCAGCAGCACGGGAAGGAUUUUUGACUGAUGAACAGAGGGAGGUUCUGAAAACUGCGACACAGAGUACAGAGGUUUUGUCCUCUUCGCCAAAAUCGCCUUCAUGGUUGAUGGCAGAGCAUCAGAUAAAAGCUCCGGCUGGGGAAAGGGCAGGGAAUGCUGGGAUUGCAGUGAGGCAUGUGCGCCGUUCACAUUCUGGAAAGUUCGUUAGGGUUAAAAAAGAUGGUGGUGGUGGUAAGGGUACCUGGGGAAAACUGCUUGAUACUGAUGAGGAUACUCACAUUGAUCGCAAUGAUCCCAAUUAUGAUAGUGGGGAGGAGCCAUAUCAACUUGUUGGUUCAGCCGUUUCUGAUCCUUUAGAUGAGUAUAAAAAGAAAGUGGCAUCCAUAAUUGAUGAAUACUUCACCACUGGUGAUGUGGAUUUGGCUGCAUCUGAUCUCAGGGAACUUGGGUCAUCUGAAUACCAUCCUUACUUCAUUAAGAGGCUUGUAUCGAUGGCCAUGGACAGGCAUGACAAAGAGAAAGAAAUGGCUUCCGUUCUUCUUUCGGCCCUAUAUUCUGAUGUCAUAAGUUCUACACAAAUCAAACAAGGGUUUUUCAUCCUUCUCGAGUCUGCUGAUGACCUUGCAGUUGACAUACUUGAUGCGGUUGAUAUACUUGCUUUAUUCAUUGCUCGUGCUGUGGUUGAUGAUAUCCUUCCACCAGCCUUUGUGACCCGGGCCAAGAAAUCUCUAUCAGAAUCUUCCAAAGGCUUCCAGGUUCUCCAAACCGCUGAGAAAAGUUAUCUGUCUGCCCCACAUCAUGCAGAACUUGUGGAGCGGCGUUGGGGUGGCAGCACACAUAUCACUGUGGAGGAAGUUAAGAAACGGAUAUCUGAUCUGUUGAGGGAAUAUGCAGAGAAUGGGGACACUUCUGAGGCAUGUAGGUGUAUACGCCAGUUGGGUGUUUCAUUCUUCCAUCAUGAAGUUGUUAAAAGAGCUGUAGUUCUAGCCAUGGAGAAUCGGGCAGCCGAGCCUCUCAUUCUGAAGCUAUUGAAGGAAGCAUCAGAGGAGGGCCUGAUAAGCUCGAGCCAAAUGGUCAAAGGUUUUGCUCGCUUGCGUGAGAGCCUUGAUGACCUGGCACUCGACAUCCCUUCUGCAAAAUCAUUGUUCGAGUCGCUAAUCAAACAUGCUGUUUCUGAUGGCUGGCUUGAUUCAUCCUUCGUGAACUCAUCGGGAGAUGGUAUGCUGACAGUGACCGAGGCCGAGGAUGAUGAGAAAUUGAGGUGCUACAAGCAAGAAAUUGUGACAAUAAUCCACGAGUAUUUUCUUUCAGAUGACAUUCCUGAACUUAUCAGGAGUCUUGUGGAUCUUGGGUCACCUGAAUACAACCCGGUUUUCUUGAAGAAGUUGAUAACGCUUGCUAUGGACAGAAAGAACCGCGAGAAAGAAAUGGCAUCGGUUUUGCUCUCUGCACUUCAUAUUGAGAUCUUUUCAACUCAAGAUAUAGUUGAUGGUUUUGUCCUCCUCCUCGAAUCUGCCGAGGACACAGCUCUAGACAUACUUGAUGCAUCAAAUGAGCUUGCACUCUUCCUUGCACGGGCUGUCAUUGAUGAUGUAUUAGCUCCGUUGAACUUGGAGGAAAUUGGGAACCGUUUAGCACCAAACUGCAACGGGAGUGAAACGGUUCAUGUAGCUCAGUCACUUAUAGCAGCACGUCAUGCAGGUGAGAGACUACUGAGGUGUUGGGGAGGUGGGACUGGGUGGGCAGUGGAAGACGCAAAGGACAAAAUUGUCAAGUUACUUGAAGAAUAUGAGAGUGGCGGUGUUGUUGGUGAAGCUUGUCAGUGUAUCCGCGACCUGGGUAUGCCGUUCUUCAACCAUGAGGUGGUGAAGAAGGCAUUGGUGAUGGCGAUGGAGAAGAAGAAUGAUAGGAUGCUUGAUUUGUUGCAGGAGUGUUACAGUGAAGGGCUGAUUACUACUAAUCAGAUGACCAAGGGGUUUGGUAGAAUGAAAGAUGGGCUGGCUGAUCUUGCACUUGACAUUCCAAAUGCUGAUGAGAAAUUCAAGUUUUAUUACGAGCAUGCUGUCGUCAGAGGAUGGCUCCUUCCUGCAUUAAGUGCCAAUGGUGAUGACUUUGCUGUUGCAUCUUCUUAAGACGAUGAUGAUGUAUCUGUAUCGGUAUGCCUUUUCCUGGAAGAAAUCCUUGUUGGUUUUCUCUGUUUUCACGAGUCUAUUUGUUUACUUGAUGUAUAAAAUGGUUUAGAUGGUUGGUUGUUUUUGAAAGCUAGUUUAGGUCAGACUGGGUCUUGAUAAGAUACAAUGAAUGAACCAGUUCUGCUACUGAUUUUGUUUUAGCAUAUGGGGAUAUAUGUUUUGUAUCUUUCUCCAGAUUAUAGCUCAUUUCUUUCUUUUC